AUGGCCUCAAUCGACAUUCCCAACACACAAACCGUCGCCUUGGUACGUGACCUCGGCGGCACCGUCGAGUUCAAAACAGACUACCCGGUUCCCACACCCGGCCGCAAUGAAGUCCUCGCUAAGGUCCUUUACUCCGGCGUCUGUCAGAGCGACCUACACACAAAGGCAGGAACAGCUGCCGGCCCCAACGGAUCCCCAAUCACGAAGAUCAAACUACCUCACGUCGGCGGUCAUGAGGGAAUCGGACAAAUCGUAUCCUUGGGCCCUGAUAUUGAGCAUAGCGCGGGUCUGAGGGUUGGCGGAUUCGUCGGAAUCAGGUUUGCGAGUCGUAUCUGUCGGAGGUGUGAGUUCUGUCUUGCCGGGACGGAACAGUAUUGUAUGGCGAGUACGAACCAUUUGCAUCAUGAAGAUGGAAGCUUUCAGCAGUAUAUCUCGCUAGAUGCGGAUUAUUUGACUGUGUUGCCGGAUGAUAUUGAUCCGGUUGUCAUGGGACCGGUGCUUUGUGCUGGGCUGACGGCGUACAAGGCUGUUCUCAAUGCGCAUGUGCGUCCCGGGAGUUGGUUGGUGGUUGUUGGUGCUGGAGGUGGUCUUGGACAUUUGGCUGUGCAAUAUGCACGGGCACAAGGAGCUUUGGUAAUUGGAGUCGAUACUGGUGCCGACAGGAAGGAGUUCGUUCAUGGGAUCGGCGCACAGCACUUCAUCGACUUCGCUGUUGAAGAUCCGGUCAAGAAAGUGAAGGAGAUUACUGGACUUGGAGCGCAUGCUGUGGUCGUGACUGCUGGGAAUGCUCAAGCCUUUGCCCAUGCGUGCGACAUGUUACGAGUCGGAGGCACCUUGAGCUGUGUGGGCAUUCCUCCCGGGGCACCUUGUAUUGAGACACCCAUCUGUACCAUUGUCAUCAAGGGUUUGCGGAUAACGGGUAAUUUGGUGGGAUCAUUGAAGGAGUGUAUGGAGGCGGUUGAUUUGGUUCGUCGCGGUGUCGUGAAGCCUGUCAUCAAGGUCCGACCCUUCAAGGAUUUGCCGCUGGUAUAUGAGGAAAUGGAGAAGGGCGAUAUUUCGGGACGAGUGGUGCUUCAGAUUGCAGCAUGA